AUGUCGUCGAUGUCGGUACACCAAUUUCGAAUCAAUACUGAUAAUACAGAAUUAAUUGGUGAACUUCUUCGAAAAGAACAUUUCGUUCAACAGAAUUCAUCAUUAACAUUUACAAAACAAAAUCUAGAUCAAAAGAUUCAAAUUGGUCUCUCAUAUUCGUUUCCUUCACCGUCAAUUAUUUGCUGUUGUUCGACAAUUUCGACAUCAUUACCCCAGUUACUAUCAUAUCUGGAUCAAAGUUCGUCGUCAAUUGUUAAUCUCAUUCUUUUUAUUCAAUCGUCCGAUACAGUUGAAUGGAAUUCUCUCAUGAAUUCCCUAUCGACUCGUAAUUUAUCGCUAAGCGUUCUGCAUGAUAAAGAUCAGCUUGGAACUAAACUGGUAGAAAUUAUUGAAGCUUUAAUCAAACAAAAUCAAAAGAAAACAAUCGCUAGCGUUGAUAAACAACCAACACAUGCAAUCCACACUUCUCAGAAUGAAAGAAAUAUUUUCUAUUCGGUGUCGAAGAUCACGCGUGAAAAGCGUGCGGUUGCUCUCGGGCAGCGCGGAGCAUUUCGGGGAUCAACGGUUUGGUUAACUGGUCUUUCCGGUGCCGGAAAAUCGACGAUUGCUUUCGCACUAGAAGAAUAUAUUGUUAGUAAGGGUUUGCCAGCGUAUUGUCUGGAUGGUGAUAAUAUUCGAUUUGGUUUGAACAAAAACUUGGGCUUUUCCAAUGAAGAUCGUGUCGAAAACAUUCGGCGUGUUGCUGAAGUGGCGAAACUAUUUGCCGAUGCUGGUAUUAUGUGUAUUGUUGCUUUUAUCAGCCCAUUCGAAGAGGAUCGCGAAGGUGCACGAAAAUUACACGAAGACGCUGAAAUACCGUUCAUCGAAGUCUUUGUUAGCACACCAUUAGCUGUAUGCGAAUCACGAGAUAAGAAAGGUUUAUAUGAAAAAGCACGGAAAGGAAUGAUCAAAGGUUUUACCGGUAUUGAUGCACCGUAUCAGCCACCAGCGCAUCCGGAUAUAGUUAUCGAUACAAGCAUAGUUCCAUUAGAUCGUUCAAUUGAGAUGAUCAUUGCUAAAUUAGCCGAACGAAACGUCCUUUCAUCAACAUUAAUCAUGGCUGUCAACGAAUUGUUUAUGGACGAACAGAUGCGUGCAAGAGCUACGGAAGAGUUUCCAAAUUUGGAUAAACUUGAAAUUACUGAAAUUGAUUUACAGUGGAUUCAGGUGUUAAGUGAAGGUUGGGCUACUCCACUAAGCGGUUUCAUGCGGGAAACAGAAUAUUUACAAUGUUUGCACUUCGGUUGUCUCAUGAAAGGUCAUACUGAAAAUCAGACGAUUCCUAUUGUUUUACCAUGUACAACUGAAGAUAAAGAACGUUUACAAUCGUCACAGAUCAUUGCUUUGUGUUAUAAUCAAAAGUUGGUCGCUCUUUUGAAAAAACCAGAAUUUUAUGCACAUAGAAAAGAAGAAAGAUGCGCAAGGGUCUUUGGCACAACAAAUAUCGAACAUCCACAUAUCAAAAUGAUUUUUGAAAGUGGUGAUUGGUUAAUCGGUGAAUUUUAUGCACAUAGAAAAGAAGAAAGAUGCGCAAGGGUCUUUGGCACAACAAAUAUCGAACAUCCACAUAUCAAAAUGAUUUUUGAAAGUGGUGAUUGGUUAAUCGGUGGUGACCUUGAAGUUCUAGAACGAAUUCGUUGGAACGAUGGCCUAGAUGAAUUUCGUUUAACACCUAACGAAUUACGACAACGAUUCCGUGAUAUUAAAGCGGACGCAGUGUUUGCUUUUCAACUUCGAAAUCCUAUUCACAACGGUCAUUCACUUCUAAUGCAAACAACACGACAAUAUCUCGUCGAUCAUGGUUUUAAAAAUCCUGUUCUUUUACUUCAUCCAUUAGGUAUACUUUUACACCAAUGUCUUUCUACAGCACAUUUUGUUAUAUUAGGCGGCUGGACAAAAGAGGAUGAUGUUCCUUUACCUGUGCGUAUGGCUCAACAUCAGGCAUUCCUAAAUGAAGACGAGAACGAUCGACUUGACCGUUCACGUACUGUACUUGCCAUAUUUCCAUCGCCUAUGAGUUACGCUGGUCCAACAGAAGUUCAAUGGCAUGCGAAAGCUCGUAUGUGCACCGGUGCAACAUUCUAUAUUGUCGGUCGUGAUCCUGCUGGUUUGCCUAAUCCAGCUGAUAAGUCUAAGGAUUUGUAUGAUCCCAGUCAUGGUUCGAAAGUUCUCACCAUGGCGCCAGGUCUCAAUCAAUUACAAAUUUUACCCUUCAAAGUUGCUGCCUACAAUCGCGUUUUGAAAGACAUGGCUUUCUACGAUCCUGAGAAACAUGAUGAAUUCGAUUUUAUAUCAGGUACACGCAUGAGAAAGAUUGCGCGUAGUGGCGAACAACCGCCGGAAGGAUUCAUGGUGCCAGCGGGAUGGAAAGUUCUAUCGGCUUAUUACAAAUCACUAGGAACACAAUCAUAA